AUGUCGACCGAACGCAGCGGCACACCGGACCCCGCAGAGACCGUCGUUGAGCAUCAACCCACACAAACGCCCAAACCCCUCAACAAACGUGCACGAAAGAAAAUACAAAAACAAAAACAACUGCAAGAACAACAUCGUGGAUUUGAUUUUUCUCGUUAUCCCUCCCGCAAAAUCGCCCUGCGCCUCGCCUAUCAUGGCCAGCACUUUGAUGGACUCGUCAAACAAGUAGAAACAAAAAAUACCGUAGAAGAACAUCUUCUCGAUGCCCUUUGCAGAGUGCGGCUUAUUCCACACGAUGGCCCAAGUGACUUUGCCCGCUGCGGGAGAACAGACAAGGGCGUGAGUGCACUUGGCAACGCCAUCUCUCUCAUCGUGCGGGCCUCUUCGUGGCCAACAGACACUGUGCAGAAGCCCCCACUGGAUUACUGUGGAAUGUUAAAUAAUGUAUUGCCUCCUACUAUACGUAUUAUUGGAUGGUCAUAUGUGGAUGAGAGUUUUGAUGCUCGUUUCUCUUGUGUGGGACGAACGUAUCGUUAUUAUUUCUGUCAUCGUGGACUUAAUUUAGAAGCCAUGCGAGAUGCGGCUUCUCGUCUGGAGGGUGUUCAUAACUUUCGAAAUUUCUGUAAAACUGAUGUUGUAAAUGUCAGUAACUUUGAACGUCAUAUUCGGUGUGCUCGUAUAGUGACAAGUGAGAUGUUACCAGAGUUGGUGUCGUAUUUAGAAAUUCACGCCAAUUCCUUUCUUUAUCACCAAAUUCGGUGUACAAUGGAAGUACUCACACUUGUUGGACGUGGUCUGGAGUCACCGACCGUCAUCACAGAAUUGUUAGAACGCGGGGAUAGUAAACCAGUGUAUCCUCUCGCGGAUGCCGCCCCACUUGUGUUGUGGGAUUGUCAUUUUGAGAAUAUCUCGUGGUGUAUCUCACACCGGGCGUUUGUGGCCGCAGAACGGGAAAUGCACGAUAUCGCCACGGCGUUGUUAAUAAGAGCUGCAGCGGUAAACUCUAUGCGAUCACAGUUGUUUGCAUGGUAUGGAGAAGAUAAGGAUGUGAAUGGUGAAAAGGUUGUGCAGACUUCACCGGAUAUGUGUUUUGUAGAUCGAUGGUCAUUGACGGGUAGUGAUUGGACAGACGAUCGAAAUCAUGUUCAUAUGCGGGUGCGGCGGCAUGAUCUGUACACUAUGUCUAAGCAGAUAGAGAGUGGGGCAACAGAGGCUUCGGAUUUCACGGUAAAAUCAUACGUAAAGCUUAUGGAACGUGAGACAGAGCGAACAUUUGAAGAAGAAGUGGAGGCCUUAAGCGAUAAAAAAAGAGCUCGUUUCGAAAUCAAUAUGGAGAAAAAGAAACAAUAA